AUGGCGAACAAGUUUGGAUUGGGUUCUUUAUCUUUAGAAACUAAAAAACCUAACAUUACAGCAUGGAUAAAUAAAGCGAAACCUUACUUUGUGGAUCAAAUCGGAGACACUCUUCAAGGUGAUUUAGAUACGAACAAUUUCAAAGUAACUAAUUUAAAGUCUCCGGAAAACGAUAAUGACGCCGUUCACAAGAAAUAUUUACGGGAACAAAUAAAUUCAAUUGAAGUAAAAGUUGAUUCAUUAUUCUUCAAACAAGUCUCACUUUCAUCUAAUAAAAAAUUUAACGCUCAAAAAGUUCUUCAGUUUAUCAAUGGUAGAGACAAUGUAGAAAUUAAGGAAUAUGAAAGUAUCGACGAAAACAACAAGGUUAAUCACUUAUAUGAAAUUAAAACGAGUGGAAAAUAUAUAGAUAGGUUUAGAAUGUUAAUCAUACCAGAUAAUAAAGAAGAUGGACUUUCAUUAAGUGAUUUUGAUAAGAUAGUGGAGACGAAAACUUCACCAUCAAUGAAUAUCAUUAAAAAUCCAGAACCACAAAAAGGAGCAAGUAGUUAUCAGUUUUUACGAACGACAGACUAUGAAUACGUAAAACUAUAUUUUGUUGAUAAUGAUAUAUUUACCUCAAUUGAUAUUCAUAAAAGUCAACAAAAACAAUUUAUUUUAAUACCAGCAAUAAGAGAUAUAUCAAUCUCUAUUGAAAAACCAAAAUUUUCAAUUAAUCUAAACAAGAUUAAUGAUUCGAAAGAACAAAUAUCAUUAAUAACUGUAAAAGUUGUUAUUGAUGAUGGUAAACACAUAGCAGCUUUAUCAGAAGUUCACUUAAUUUAA